AUGACCACUUUUUACGAUCUCAAGGCAGAGCUCCCGGGUAAGCCGGAGCCCUAUACGUUUGACCAGCUCAAGGGCAAGGUUGUCCUCAUUGUCAACACGGCCUCUCAAUGGAAUUUACUCACAUUUUUCCCCCUCUUCUCCGAUACCACCCACGUCAUCUCCGACUGCAGCGGGUUUACACCGCAAUACAAGGGUCUCGAGACGCUCUAUGAAAAGUACAAGGACCGUGGAUUCGUCAUUCUUGGAUUCCCAUCGAAUCAAUUUGGCGGACAAGAGCCCGGAACGGAUGAGGAUAUUGCCACUUUUUGCGAGCUCAACCAUGGAGUCACGUUUCCAUUGAUGAAGAAGAGUGACGUGAAUGGAGAUAACACCAACGAGGUUUACCAAUGGUUGAAAAAGGAAAAAUCUGGACUGCUUGGAAUGUCCCGAAUCAAGUGGAACUUUGAGAAAUUCCUGAUCGACCAAAACGGCAAAGUAGUCCACCGAUGGGCUUCGACGACGACUCCAAGCUCCAUUGAGCCACAUGUUGAGAAACUGCUGGCUCAGACUCCAACGGCGACGACGACCGCAGAGCCCGCGGCUCCAGCUGCCACUACCUCGUCAUGA